AGUGUGCAUAACAAAACAAGGCGAGCUUAAAGGAGACUGGUCGUCCUUGGAUCAUGGCUACUAUGUCACUGUCGCUCUUUCAUACUUCAUUUCUUCACCAAAACCCUUCUCUCUGUUCCAAACGAUCCCAAUCCCCCCACUUAACCCUCAUUCUCCGGAAUCAACCCACUUCAUCACUCAGUUUAAGUGUAUCGGCAAAAAGGGAAAAUGGGGUGGUUCCAAAAGCCACAGGGGGCGUAUUGGAAUCGAGUUCGAACUCACCCGUUUCUGCUAAGAACUCCACCAAUCCGAUUGUUGUGAUUGACAACUAUGACAGCUUUACCUAUAACCUUUGCCAGUAUAUGGGGGAGUUGGGUUUCCAAUUUGACGUGUACCGGAAUGAUGAGUUGACCGUGGAAGAGUUAAAAAAGAAAAAUCCUAGAGGAGUGCUAAUAUCACCUGGUCCAGGCACGCCUCAAGAUUCUGGAAUAUCUUUGCAAACUGUACUGGAACUUGGGCCAACUGUUCCUUUGUUUGGUGUAUGCAUGGGUUUGCAAUGCAUUGGAGAAGCUUUUGGAGGGAAAAUUGUUCGAUCUCCUCAUGGUGUCAUGCAUGGGAAAAGUUCUUUGGUGUAUUAUGAUGAAAAAGGAGAAGAUGGAUUAUUUGCCGGAUUAUCAAAUCCUUUCUUAGCUGGUAGAUAUCACAGCCUUGUGAUCGAAAAGGAGAGUUUUCCUCAUGAAGAACUUGAGGUGACAGCCUAGACUGAGGAUGGUCUUAUAAUGGCAGCUCGUCAUAAGAAGUAUAAGCAUCUACAGGGUGUGCAGUUUCAUCCAGAGAGCAUUAUAACAACCGAAGGAAAGGAAAUUGUUCGAAACUUUAUCAAACUCAUUGAGAGAAAGGAGGCUGGUGGUUCAUGAAAAUGUUUAGUGCUGAAUCUUAAUGCAUU